UCUAUCAGGGCUUAGCCUCCAACUUGUUUCAAUUCAUUCAUCCUUUUCUCCUCUGCUUCGGGGAAGUGACUGUGGCACUCGCUGUGUUUGGCUGCUGGAAAUCAGAAGGAAGGAGACUGAGCAGCCCCUUCCCUUCACCCUAUUGCAGUUUCCAGAUGCAAGUCUCUCCAAGUUGCUGUCUAAGAUGAGAAACACAGAAAUGUGGCAUUUCUAUGUGAGCAGAGUUGGAUUUCUUUUCCUGGUUAGUAUUCUUCCUUUAACAACUGGCCAAGGGGAAUCAAGACGACAAGAACCAGGGGACUUUGUGAAGCAAGAUAUUGGCGGACUCUCUCCCAAGCAUGCUCCAGAUAUUCCUGAUGACAGCACUGAUAACAUCACCAUUUUCACUAGAAUCUUGGAUCGGCUUCUGGAUGGCUAUGAUAACCGACUUCGACCUGGGCUUGGAGAUGCAGUGACUGAAGUGAAGACAGACAUCUAUGUGACCAGUUUUGGCCCUGUGUCUGACACUGACAUGGAAUAUACUAUUGAUGUAUUUUUUAGACAGACGUGGCACGAUGAAAGACUGAAAUUUGAUGGACCCAUGAAGAUCCUUCCACUGAACAAUCUUCUGGCUAGUAAGAUAUGGACUCCUGACACCUUCUUCCACAAUGGCAAGAAGUCAGUGGCUCACAAUAUGACCACACCGAACAAGCUGCUUAGACUGGUAGACAAUGGGACCCUUCUCUAUACAAUGAGGUUAACAAUACAUGCUGAAUGUCCUAUGCAUUUGGAAGAUUUCCCCAUGGAUGUGCAUGCCUGCCCACUGAAAUUUGGAAGCUACGCCUAUACCAAAGCUGAAGUGAUUUAUUCUUGGACUCUUGGGAAGAACAAAUCUGUGGAAGUAGCACAGGAUGGUUCUCGCCUGAAUCAAUAUGACUUGCUUGGACAUGUUGUUGGGACAGAGAUAAUCCGGUCUAGUACAGGAGAAUAUGUCGUCAUGACAACCCACUUUCAUCUGAAGAGAAAAAUUGGCUACUUUGUCAUCCAAACCUACUUGCCAUGUAUCAUGACUGUCAUUCUGUCACAGGUGUCUUUCUGGCUUAAUAGAGAAUCUGUCCCUGCCCGUACAGUCUUUGGUGUCACCACUGUUCUCACUAUGACCACCUUAAGUAUCAGUGCCAGAAACUCCUUACCUAAAGUGGCAUACGCGACGGCCAUGGACUGGUUCAUAGCCGUCUGUUAUGCCUUUGUAUUUUCUGCACUGAUUGAAUUUGCCACUGUCAACUACUUCACUAAACGAAGUUGGGCUUGGGAAGGCAAGAAGGUACCAGAAGCUCUGGAGAUGAAGAGGAAAACACCAGCAGCCCCAACAAAGAAAACAAGCACCACUUUCAACAUUGUGGGAACCACCUAUCCUAUGAACCUGGCCAAGGAUGCUGAGUUCUCCACCAUCUCCAAGGGUGCCACUCCCAGUGCUUCUUCAACUCCAACAGUCAUUGCUUCACCCAAGGCCACUUAUGUGCAGGACACCCCUGCUGAGACCAAGACCUACAACAGUGUCAGCAAGGUUGACAAAAUCUCCCGCAUCAUCUUUCCUGUGCUCUUUGCCAUAUUCAAUCUUGUCUAUUGGGCCACAUAUGUGAACCGGGAAUCGGCUAUCAAGGGCAUGAUCCGCAAACAAUAGAUUAUAGUGGUGGCACAGCAACCAGAGCACUGUAUACCCCAUGAAGCAUCCAAACACCCAAAACCCAGGGCUCCCUUCAUCUUCAUGUGUUUCAU